ACACAUACUCGUGGAACUUAAGUUAUGCUCAAAAUGAAACAUCUAUAUUUGAAGAUUGAGAUAAUUUAAAAUAAACACGUGAUUGCAAUUUGUUUUAAAUUAGCUACUUACUAAAAGUCACACGUAUUUUGUAAUCACCUCAAGAUGUUAGGUUACCGUGUUCGUUUACGAAAGAAUAUUACAUUUUUCAAGGCAAAAUGUUCAGGAGUUAUAUUCACGAUAGUCACCUUUUCAGUUUGGUAUUUCAUCCCCACAUCCAGCACCGAGCUACUUGCACUGACAGGCUCGAAGCUUAAAUUCCUCGAUGAUAUUCCCCUGGAAAUGGGCUUCCAGCCUUUCGUUGACGUAGAAUUCCCGCACGUGGAGACGGACGUACCCAGGAUACCGCACAACAUCCACCAAAUAUGGAUACGUCAUCACAACAAUACUGAAAUCGAUAUUGAGGUGCCUGAACAGUUUGAACAAUACAUGAAGACAUUUCCAAAAUGGAAUCCAAGCUGGAAGUAUUACUUCUGGACACAUAAGACGUCAAGAAAGCUGCUAGAAGAGAGACAUCCAGAGUUAUUAACUUUUUAUGACAAGACCUUGGUGCCAGUUCAAAAAUCUGACCUUAUGCGUUACGUAGUUGUCUACGAAUUCGGUGGCCUUUACGCAGAUUUGGACACAUCGUGCCUACGAUCGUUGGAUAUAGUGACCACAAAAUACGCAUGCAUUGUUUUACCCGAACCGUUUGAAGACGGUAUUAUAUGGGAAAAUAUCCCGUAUCGAAUUCCGAAUGGAGUUUUCUUUUGUCGCGCAAAACACCCCUUUCUGGAACAGGUUCUGCGGACUAUAUCCGGAAUAAAGACAGUUGAAGCCAGUCCAACUCUCAUCGGUCCACUAUUUUACACAACGCAGUACAGACGUUACAACAACAUAAGCGACACUGACAUGUACAGAGUUAACAUCAGCGGCGAUACCAGCAGUCCCUAUUUCUACAAAGGAGAACUUCCGGAAUCGCAUGACGAUGCAAUCUACAUUCCAAACACGCGGUACUUUCUAGACCAACCACAUCCUUGGCACAGAGACAAAAUUAAACGUAUUUGCGAAAAUCCGAGUAAAGCAACGCUUAUUAUCAAGAGAAUGUGUGUCGUUUAUACGAGAAGGGGUUUCGAUCGUAAGCCGAGUAACUUCACCUUCCUUGAGCAUGCAUAUACCUUUUCAUUUAAUUCGAAAAUCGAUUGGUCUAAACGAAAAUAUAUCCCAGUGAAAAAGAUUCAAUCUAAUGUUCAAACAUACAAUGGAAGUCGAAGUUUAAUUUAAUGUAUAGUCAACCUUAACUUUGAUAAGUUUUUUCCUGGUUGUUUGUCAGUGAACUUUCCUGAUAACAGAUACCAGCAUUUGCUCUUGACUUUAUAUUUAAACUCUGAACAUAUGUGCCGAGUUUUAAUAUUACAUCAGGUCCAGAUUUCUCAUAUCAUCUGCAUUUGCUUAGCAUUUAGCAUUAUAUUAAGUCGGUUUUAAUUGAAUAGUAUUACCAUAGUGACGUUAAUUGUGAUAUACAUAAUUAUACUGUUAUUUUCACAUUUUAGUUCAAUUUGAAGUUGGUUUUUAAUUGUACGACAAAGUGUUUGCACAGUUAAUCCGACAUUGAAACAAGAAUGCCAUGAGUCUAUCGCAAGUUUAAGGUGCACCUAUUUUCGAAGACUAGACCUGGCGAUCCUGUUUUUUACCCGCACUUAACUCAGAUUCGACUAUUUCCUUGAUAUUCUCAAUAAUACUAUGACCGAAUUUUAUCAAAGUUGAGCAAUAAUUGUGGCUUUUCGAGUGGUAAAAAGCUGUACACUUUUCUGAUGAGGUGAGCUAAAAGCCAUAAGUUUAUCUUCCUAGCAAAUGCUUCGCAAAAAUCGGACUCUGCAUACGAUUAAAAUGCACAUGUAUUGCACGUACAUAAUUUAGUAAAACUCUCCAAUUACUAUCAAAACUUUUACUUAGAAGAAAUCGCUUUGAAAAUUCACUUUAAGAAUGGAAUGUUUGUAUAGAGGUGGUCGCAAUUUAAGUAACUUCGAGUUUCAUUAUUGAAUUUAUAGGCGAUCGAUGUUUGAGAGAUGUUGACAUGUUAUUGUUAUACAUGUAUAUUUAGUGGUUAUUUUAGUAGUUUUUGUAGUUUAAGUUUUAUUGUUUUGUUUAUAUGUAAUUGUAGUUAGUUGGGCUUUUAUUUCUUUGUUUAAUAGGUGGUCGAAGUGUUAUAGGCUUGGGGUUGUAUUGUUUUGAUUAUAGGUACUCGCACCUGCUGGGUUUGGAGUUGCAUUGUUUGUUGAUAGGUAUUCGCAGUUUUAGAGCUUAUUGCUUUAUUGUUUUGAUUAUAGGUAUCGCAGUAUUAUGAAUUUGGUGUUGUAUUGUUUUUUAUAUGCGGUCGCAGUUGUAUGGGCCAAGACUUUAAUUAUUUUGUAUGUAUGUAUUUGUAUUUUAUAUGUAUAUUUAUCGACUUGUAGUGUUAUUGUUUAGCUUUGAGUCUAUUUGCCUCGUGUAUAGGUGGUAUUGUUUUAUUGUUUUUCUGGAGUUUCAUUGCUUUGUAUAUACAUGUAUGUGGUGACAGUUUAAUCGACUUUGAUUAUUAUUGUUUGGUAUAUUGGUUAAUGCAUGUAUCGACACGAAGUUUUAGUUUUUCUUAAGGUGGUUGCAGUAUUAUGGGCGUGAAGUUUUACAGUUUUGUAUAUAGUUGGUGCAUCCCUAUAUGUAAGCGUAUAGUAUCUCUUUUUGUGGUGAGUUAUGGUUUCCUUUCUAUAUUUAAGACAGCUUAUUAACUAAUUAGGUUUUGACUUUUACGUAAAGUGUAUGCUUACUUGCAAACAUAAUAAAAAUACAAGCACUUAA